GCUCGGCCGUCUGGCCUAUGGCAAACGCCAAGAAUUAAUUAGGGGCGGGGAUGGAGGAGCGUCUGUCAGGAGAUCGCCAUAUUUCUGUACGGCCGUGGGGCAGCCCCGGCAGUCCCUGGGUCAGGAGAGGUGCUGACAAGGCGGGGCAGACGCUGGGCUUCUCCGGCUUUACCCCUCCCGCUGAGGACAGGUGGCUGCAGCGCGCCCCGCCUCCGCCAGCUGCGAGUGAGAACCAGGGAGGGCCAGUCCGGGACGGCCACCGCCAGCUGCGAGUCGGGGGACAGCUCGGUCUAGUGCAGGACAGCCGGCCGAAGGGUCCGGCAGCGGCAAACCAGUAUCCUGGCGGCCAAAAAAAUGCUCCUGUACCGAGGGGCCCCCGCGGGCCCCGGCGCGCUGGGCGGCGGACUGGCCCGGCCGGGCAGCGUCCCGCAGGCCUUCGGGAUCCGCCUGAGCACGAUGAGCCCCCGCUACCUCCAGAGCAACUCCAGCAGUCACACGCGACCCUUCAGUGCCAUCGCGGAGCUGCUAGAUAAUGCUGUAGAUCCAGAUGUAUCUGCCAGAACCGUCUUUAUAGAUGUCGAGGAAGUCAAGAAUAAACCUUGUUUGACCUUUACUGAUGAUGGAUGUGGGAUGACACCUCACAAACUCCACCGGAUGCUCAGCUUUGGCUUUACAGAUAAAGUAAUAAAGAAGAGCCAGUGUCCCAUCGGGGUCUUUGGUAAUGGUUUCAAGUCGGGUUCCAUGCGGCUAGGAAAAGAUGCUCUUGUCUUCACCAAGAAUGGAAAUACUCUCGCUGUCGGACUUCUGUCACAGACCUACCUGGAGUGUAUCCAGGCCCAGGCAGUCAUUGUCCCAAUUGUCCCAUUCAGCCAGCAAAGCAAAAAAAUGAUUGUUACUGAAGAUUCUUUGCCGAGCCUAGAGGCCAUCUUGAACUAUUCAAUUUUCAACAGUGAACAAGACCUGCUGUCUCAGUUCGAUGCUAUCCCAGGGAAAAAAGGCACCCGUGUUCUCAUUUGGAAUGUCCGCAGAAACAAAGAUGGAAAGUCUGAGCUGGACUUUGAUACAGAUCAAUAUGAUAUCCUGGUAUCAGACUUUGAUGCUGAAGAAAAAGACAUCAGUGGUGUUACCUCCGAGCUGCCAGAAACAGAGUAUUCCUUACGAGCAUUUUGUAGUGUUCUAUAUAUGAAGCCCCGGAUGAAGAUUUUUCUGCGGCAAAAGAAGGUGACUACCCAGAUGAUUGCUAAGAGCCUUGCUGAUGUGGAACAUGAUAUAUAUAAAUCUCCCUUCACGAAUAAGCAGGUGAAAAUCACAUUUGGAUUCUCUUGCAAAUAUCAUAACCAGUUUGGAAUAAUGAUGUAUCAUAACAACCGCCUUAUCAAGGCCUUUGAGAAGGUGGGCUGCCAGUUAAAGCCAACUUGUGGAGAAGGUGUGGGAGUAAUUGGAGUCAUUGAGUGCAAUUUCCUAAAACCUGCCUACAACAAACAAGACUUUGAGUACACCAAGGAGUACCGGUUGACAAUGAGUGCUCUUGCCCAGAAACUCAAUGCUUAUUGGAAGGAAAAAACAUCUCAAGAGAAUUUUGAGAACUUACCUAUAUCCAGGAAGAUUCCUGACCAGACAUGGGUACAGUGUGAUGAAUGCCUGAAGUGGAGGAAACUUCCUGGAAAGGUGGAUCCAUCCACAUUACCUGCAAGAUGGUUUUGUUACUAUAAUCCCCAUCCAAAAUACAGGAGAUGCUCUGUUCCAGAAGAACAAGAACGCAUGGAAGACUUAUACCUGAGCAAGGCUAAGCAACAAGAUGAAACUGUUGAGAAGAAGCAGCAGCCUGUGGAAGGUGACAAGCACCAGGUCCUCAGCAAUCCACUAAAGACUCCCACUACACAAGAGAUGGGUGACCUAACUGACAAGACGAUGGGCUGUGAGCGAAUCAAUAGCCCCAGGCUGCUUUCAUCUGGUGGGGAAGAAAACAGAUCACCUCUUCACCUUAAGUCUCUGGAUUCCAGUGUUUUCCAGUUUUCCAGUAAGUACAAAUUGAUGCUCGGUGAGGAGCCUGUGGAGAAACGAAGGAGGCUCCAGAGCGAGAUGAUACCAUCUCCUAUAGAUUACUCCAUGUCCAGUCCUUACAGGAGGGCAGAAGCAGCUGCAGCCCACCCAGAAGGAGACAACAGCCAAGAUCAAUUCAGUUCUGAGAGAAGUACACCACCAUACCUCCUACCAGAAUACCCAGAAGCAAACAAGAAUAUAGAGCGGAACCAGGAAGCUCCGGCACUUGGUCCAGGGGCCCAGGACCACGACCAGGAGUCCCUGCUUCCUGAAGAGCUAGAAGAUCAGAUGCCAAGAUUGGUAGCAGAAGAAUCUAACAGAAGCAGUAGCGAGAACAUAAACAGAGAAGUGAAUAAAGGGCCUUUUGUAGCUGUAGUCGGUGUUGCGAAGGGACUUACAGAUUCAGGAGCUCCCAUCCAGCUAAUCCCUUUUAACAGGGAGGAGUUUGUAGGGAGAAGAAAGGCAGCAGGAUCCCGGAAUCCUUAUUCUUCUGUGGCCCCUGCCGCAGCAACCACUGCAGGGAAAGGAAAAGGCUGCCAGGAAAGCGGAGGGCGCAACAUGCCAAAGAUCAAGAACCAGAAAGAAUUGGAGGAAUUGAAGAGAACCACGGAAAAACUGGAGCGUGUUUUGGCUGAAAGGAAUUUGUUCCAGCAAAAGGUAGAGGAGCUGGAACAGGAGAAGAAUCAUUGGCAUUCUGAGUUUAAGAAAGUUCAACAUGAAUUGGUGACCUAUAGCACCCAGGAGACAGAAGGCUUAUACUGGAGCAAGAAGCAUAUGGGUUAUCGCCAAGCUGAAUUCCAGGUUCUGAAAGCUGAACUAGAAAGAACCAAAGAAGAGAAGCAAGAACUAAAAGAGAAACUGAAAGAGACAGAGACACACCUGGAAGUACUGCAGAAGGCCCAGGUCUCCUGCCGGAAGCCAGAGGGAGAUGACCUAGAAAGGGCUUUGGCAAAGCUUACGCGGCUACGUAUCCACGUCAGCUAUCUCCUUACUUCUGUCCUCCCUCACUUGGAGCUUCGUGAGAUCGGGUAUGACUCCGAACAAGUGGAUGGGAUCCUGUACACGGUGCUGGAGGCAAAUCACAUACUGGAUUGAGCACCAGACUAUAUAUCCUCUCCUAGCUUUCUUUUCUCUGGUCUGCCUGUGUGCCGUGUGCCCUCCCUUGUCUCUCUCCUCCUUUCUCUCCCUCCCCUAGCCUUUGUUUCUUUUUCACCUUUAUGCCUUAUAUGGGGACUCUUUAAAUAAGUCCUGGUUCUUCAUCAGUGUGCUUCACAUUCAGUGUGGGCGAGGGGAAAGAGACCCGUUCAACAGCCAUUUAAGAGUCCAGGAAGAGAAAACGCAAUAGUCACCAAGUUAGGUGACCUGAAAGCUCUAACUGUCAUGAUCUAGAUACUUGGCCUGUCUCGUGUUCUGAUAAUGGUUCGUGUUCAUUUAGGAUAAAUCGGUCAGCAAAUGUUGGGUCCAAUGUACCUGGUGGGAUAAAUCAGGCUUUUCAGCCCUGCCAAGGUUGAAACACUCUAGUAGGAAGCACAAGGCACAGCAAGUUAACUAAUGAUCCAAAGAAGGGUAUAGUGUGUGUGCGUGGUGGAAAGAUGACUGAGAAGAUGAAGAAGAGCAAUGUAAAAAAGGAAGGCAGUGCACCGUAAGUGGGACCUAAACGAAGCGUCAAAGAGUGAGCAUGACAACACUCUCAAUCAUGCUUGUUGCCUAACUGGUAGGAUUAUGGUUGAUAGUUUUUCUCCUUCCUAUCUUCUUGCCCUUUUCAAAUUUUCUAUAGCAUUCUUGUUAUUCUUCUUACAUUGGAAAAUAAAUUGUUUUGAAAGCUAACAAGUAGGCUUGAAUUUGGGUGUCAAAUGAGAUGUUUAUGAAAGUAUAAAGUCAUUUUACACUUGUAAUUUAUGUUGAGUUUAACAUUACCUCUGGGGAGACAGCAUAAACAAAUGUGCAAAAAAAAAUCCAGAAUGUGAAAUGUGUUUGGUAAGAGUACUAGGUUCAUGUAAAAGGAACCCACCAACCAACUCAUCAAUUCUCCAUGGCAUUUUUAUUUUAAUAACAGAUAUGUGAAAAUAAAUAUAUAAGGAUCAAAACUUUGUAUGUAUCAUCACAUUAUUAAAUUUUAGGUAUCAUGGGAAAUAUUUUAGAAUAGAAAGAUUUAGUUGCCAUCCCUUGUAAUAUACCUACAUACUUUCUAGGCUAUAUAGAAUAAGAGGUAGACCUCAGAGUACAGAAAUAGUACAUCUUAUACUCAUGCAAAGAAGAUGUUUUAUGAAUCCAUUGCUUUUAUAUUUAUGUAGUAUAUAGUCUCCAAAGAGUUAAAGGUACUCCUGAAAGGUUGCUGUACAGUAAAUAUAUAUAUAUAUAUAUAUAUAUAUAUAUAUAUAUAUAUAUAUAUAUAUAUAUGCCUAUGUAUACCUCUGUAUAUGUGUGUCUCAGCAUUGAAAACUAGGAAGUAGAGGAGAGGAAUAAUAAAAGGGAGGUGGAAUCCACCAGCAGUAAAAGGAUUCUGUAGUACAGACAAAACACUUUGGAUAGUGAUUCUGUUUUACUCAGUAAAUUUACUUCAGAAGACUGUCCCAAGAAUACUUGACCUCCUUUGACGGGAAGCCCAUAAUAAAUAGAUAUUCCUGUGAGUCUGUGGAGAAUAUGAGGAGGCCACAGCCAGGCUUCACCAUUAGAAUGGUACUUAAACAUCCCCCUGCUCCUACCACUCUACCUCACCCCAGCUUUAGCACGCUGCAUGAUUAACUUCCGUGUUCAACAUUUGCAUCAGUCUAUCCAAGGCCUCGGUUGUCUAAAUGGGGUCAUUAACAAGGGAAGGAUAACACAUGCAGUUAUUUUCUCAGUGAUACUUGUUUGUCAGAUGGGGACUGGGAGCGGUGGGACUUUUGCACAGAUAAGAAUAAUGUGAAUGGGAGCCCAGGAGAGGAGGAAUUUCAGUGAAUGGAAAGUUUAGUCUGUAUAGCUAUUGGUUGGAUGAGUGGGGGAGGCAGAUAAUUGAGCUCUAAAGGGGAAGAAAGAUUGAAAUCUUAACUCAUCUUUACCGGUGCUUCCGGUCUGCACAAACUCCCUGGUUUAUGUGCUGUCAGCCUGUGGUUUUGAACCCCCACUGCUUCUUCCAGCAACACUCACCUGUGUUAGUCUAUCCACUCCAGUAACAGAGCUAUUGCUUUGUUACCUAUUUACCCUGACACCGCAUACAGACACCUAGGUUCAAACUCCAACCUUUUACAGAUGUCCCCCAAGACCAGACCGCCCGCCUGGCCUGCCUAUACUUCCUUUCAGCAGCCCUUCAUCAUUUGCACUGCCCUAACCUGCCUAUACUUCCUUCCUUUCAGCAGCUCUUCAUCAUUUGCACUGCCCUAGCUCACUUGGUCUACUGGGAACAUGGCAAGCUGUCAACUAACCUCAGAGGCUACACUGGUACUCUGCCCUCUGAUACAUUCUUUAACCUUGCUGCAAUAAAAGGAUUCUCUAGUUGCAGACAAAACACUAUGAAACGUGACCCAUCAGAGAUAAAUAUUCCUGUGAGUCUCGAACUCAUAUUAAAUACCACUGUGGAAAGACUGGAGUGUUGCCCAUCCUUACCAGAAGCCAUUCUAGUAUGAAAACAGGUACUAACAGUAAAGAAAACAGGUGCCUCCUCCUGGCCUUCCUCUGAGGUUAACAUAAAUCUUCUUACAAAUGUUUCCCUUUAACUGGCCAUAGUUAGCAUGUGGGCACUUGUUAUCUCAUUCCUUGACAGUUGAAAUCAAUUCUUAAUUGGCCUCCCUCAUCUCCUAUUCUCAUUCCUCAAUACACACUUCUUAAUAUCACUAAAUAGCUCUUAACAACUUUAUCAGGUCAUGUCUCUGCUCAAAGACAUUAUUGCUCUCUCUUGCCACAAAAUGUUAUACAAAUUCUUUAGUGUGGUUCUCAAGCCCUGUGUUGUCUGGGGUACUCUCCUCUAUACACUCAUCUUCCAACAAGCCAAACACAAAGCUCUAUUCUACCUACAUUGAACUCCUUUUCAAUUUCUGAAUGCAUCUUAAGAUUUUUGUCCUCUGCCUUUGCUAUUCCACUCUUGGAAUGUUCUCUUAAUCAUCUUUCCUUUGGCUAAAAUGCCAACUUAUUUCGGAAAAUUCCUCUAACCCAGGAAAGCAUGAAAUUUUUCUUUGAAUGUUUAAGCCUUGUGUCAUUUCUAAGACUUGUAUCAUAAACUUCCUGAUCCUACUUUCCCUAUUAGAAAGCUUCAAAUUGAUAUUCAACUGCCUACUUGACAUUUACACUUACAUAUCUCACAGACAUUUCAAGUAAAUCAUGCUAAAAAUAAACAGCGACAUACCCCAGGACUUUUCCUCCCCCACAAUUUUCUUCAUGUUAGAAAAUGGCACCUCUUCCCACUCAGUUGCUUAAGCUAGAAACCUGGAAGUCAUCCUUAAUUCCUUUUCUCAUUCCCUACAUCCAGUCUGUCAACAUGUCUGUUGUUUCUAUUUCCAAAGCAUAAUCUUGACUGUACUAGCUUUUCCCACAGCCUCAGUCUAAACUCCCAUCACUCCUUUCCUUGGAUCAUAACAGCUAACUAGAGACCUUGGAUCCUCUCUUGCGCUCACAAUUGUCAUGUCACUAGAAAUGGUGUACCUUUAGAAAGUAAAAUAAAAGUCAAAUCAUGUGACUCUCUGCUUAAAGGCAAUACCUCACUUCUCAUUUCAUUUAGAGUAAAACCGCCCUGUCUUACAAGUGUCUUACAAGACCCCUGCCUACCUCUUACAUUUGUCUCAGUGAUCUUUCAUCAUUUAUCACUUCACAUACGGCCCCUUCCCCUGCAUACUUGGCUUCCGACUGAAACAUAGCAAGCUCUCACUUAAGCUCAGAGCCCUCAGACUGUGCCUUCUCCUGAGAUGUUCUUUACCCAUUCUGUCCAACUGGAGUGCUGUGUUUCCAGUCUUGGCAUGAUUCACUCUUCCUGAUUCUAUCUUCUUCCUAGAUAUGCCUUCCAUUUUUUCUCUAUUUCUGCCAUAUUAUCUUCCCACCAUUUCCUUGUUUUGUUUCCGGUUCAUAGCAAGCUUGUAUACUUAGUCAUUUUCAUUCAUUAAAAAAAAUAUUCACUGGGCACCUACUCUAGGCUGAGUGAUACCCAGUGGUGAAUAUAACACACAUUGUUUGUAUAUACCUGUUUCAGUAAGUUCUAUAAGACCAUGCUUGGUUUGCUAACCACUGUAUCCUACUGCUUAUCAUAGUACCUGGGAUAUAGUAAAUAAGCAAUAAAUGGUUGUUAAUGAA